CCUAAAAGAAGAGAGGCAGGGAGAGAGUGAGAGAGCAGGGAAGCAGACACCACCAGUGGACCACACAAGCCAGAGGAUACGAGUGGACUCUGUAUUUCCUUCUUGCCUUUUAUUAUUUUUGAUUCUAGGAUUACUUGCUGUGUUUACUAACUGGUUAAACAUUCUGGAAACAUCAGAGCGGCAGGUAGGAUGAGAUCCAAAAGCAGUGGGGUGGACACCCCAGCCAAUGGGGUACUUGGAGUUCCACAGGGUGACCAAGAACAGGAAGUGAGCCUGCCUGUGAAGACCCUGAAGGCCAAAGUCCAGCAGAAAGAUGGUGAGGAAACAGUGGAGGUCGAGGUGAUCUCUGACAAAGACAAACCGUUGGAUUCCUCCAAGGCUGGAGAUAAAAGACAGAACAUCCUGGAUCUGUCUAAAGAGGAUUUGCUGACACUGUUGGGAAUCAUGGAAGGAGAGAUUCAGGCCAGAGAGGAUGUUAUCUGCAUGCUGAAGUCCAAACAGAGUUCCCCAGAAGCCCUUGAGUCACAGUAUGGCUCCGCGGUCCCUGGCUCGGCCCUCCAGGCCCUUCAGAGAGACGGCGUCAUCACAGGCACCAAACCACACAACCACAGUGUCUACCAGAAACCGAUGACUGAGCUCGAGCGUCUGCAGGAGAAGCACAAGGAGACGUACCGGCGGAUGCUGGGUCAGCUGCUAUUCGCAGAAAAGUGCCACCGGCGAACGAUCCACGAGCUGGACACAGAGAAGAGGAAGCACGCCGACUACAUGAACAAGAGCGACGACUUCACCAACCUCCUGGAGCAGGAGAGAGAAAGACUGAAGAAGUUGCUUGAGAACGAGAAAGCCUACCAGCUCAGAAAGGAGAACGAACACGCCAAACGUCUGACCAAGGUGCGAGAGGAGCUGGUCAAGCUGAAGUCUUUCACCCUGAUGUUGGUCAAUGAGCGGCAGCAGCACCUGGAACAAAUAGACCAGCAGAGCCAGCGGGUCCAGGAGCUCAGCCAGCAGCUGCAGCAGCGUGAGCAGGCUCUAAGUGAAGCCAGGCAGCGUGCUCAGGAAGAUGGACACAGGGUGCUGAGCCUCGAGGCCGAGCUUAAAGAGAAAGCCGACAAGCUCAAGCAACAACACGAAGAGAUGAGUGCCAAGCUAGCCGGUCAGGAGCUUCUCAAUCGUCAACUAAAUACAAAACUUUCAGGCCUCACGAAUGAGGUUGCGGAGCUACAGGAAAGCAACAGAGCACUGAGGAGAUCUGAGGAGGAACUGCAUGAGCUAAGGGAGAAGAUCAGCAGGGGGGAGUGUGACAACUCAAACCUGAUUGCUGAAUUAGAGAACUUGAGAAAACGAGUGCUGGAGAUGGAAGGAAAGGAUGAGGAGAUUACUAAAACAGAAAAUCAGUGUAAGGAGCUACGGAAGAGGCUACAAGAGGAGGACAAUAAGAGUAAAGACCUCAGACUGGAAGUGGAGAAGCUCCAAAAAAGAAUCAUGGCAUUGGAAAAACUCGAGGGAGCAUUUAGCGUUAGCAAAGCCGAGUGUGCACAGUUACACGGUGCUCUAGAAAAAGAGAAGGGCCUGACCAAAGAGCUUUCAGACGAAGUUGUAGCUCUCAAGAUUCGUAUGAAAGAGCUCGAGUCAUCUGAGAUAAAGCUGGAAAAGUCUGAGCUGAGCCUUAAGGAUGACCUCAGUAAGCUUAAAUCACUGACCGUCGCAUUGAUGGAAGAACGAAAGACCCUGAUGGAAACAGUGAAGUCAUGUGAGGAGAAAAAGGACGAUUUAAGCAACCUGGUCAAAGCUGAGCAGAAUAAAGUUAUGGAAGUGACAGAGAAGCUGAUAGAAGAAAGCAAAAAGCUCCUAAAAUUGAAAUCAGAGAUGGAAACCAAAAUAGAGACUUUAACGAAUGAAAAGGGCGAGCUUAGCACUAAGCUAGCUUAUGAAAUUGAUAAAACUAAGGACCUUAGCUCUAAAGUCAACCAAAUGAAAAAGAAGUUAGAUGGAUUUGAGCAAGCAGAAAAACUUUCUGGAAAGAAUUCAGUGAAAUGUGACAUGCAGAGAACAUCUGAGCCCAUCAUCAGAGAUGACAACAAAGUUAAGGAGCUGACGUUUGAAAUUGAGCGCCUGAAAAACCGUCUCAAACAGCUCGAAGUGGUAGAGGGAGAUCUUCUCAAGACAGAGGAUCAGUACGACAUGUUGGAGAAAAAGUUCAUGAGUGAACAGGACAAAGCCAACAUUCUGUCCCAGCAGGUGGAGGAAAUGCGGACUCAGAUAGCACGGAAUAAAGCAAUCGAGAAAGGAGAGGAGGAAAGCCAGGAGGAAGAUCUGCGUCAACGUUGCAAGAGAGAGGAGGCCAGAACCAGGGAACUGCAAGGCGACGUGGUAGCGCUCAAGGAGAAGAUCCACGAACUCAUGCACAAAGAAGACCAGCUUUCUCAGCUCCAAGUGGACUUCUCCGUCCUGCAGCAGAGGUUCUUGGAAGAAGAAGAGAAAGCCAAGAACAUGAGCACUGAAGUUUUCCAUCUCACCAAAGAACUGGAGAUGGCUAAGCGUCAAAGUCGAGCGCUGCGACCCAGCUUGAAUGGGAGAAGAAUAGUGGACGUGGCGGUGACCUCCACUGGCGUGCAGACAGAAGCGUCGUCCUCCGAGCCAGCAGAGGAGGAUACCCCGGCUGGCUUUAUAAGAAAGUCUGUUCAAGAAGAGAACCACAUUAUGAACAACUUAAGACAGAAGUGCCUGAAGAAGCCAGCAGAGAAAGGCAGUGCUGUUGAGCGUUCACCUUCAUCUGGCAGUGAUUUAGGUAUCAAGAGAUCUUGGAUUCCCUGGAUGAGAAGAAAGGACAACAGCCCUCAAGAGACCCACCUGGAGAAGCCACUGCACAAUGGAGAGAGCUUCUCCUCUGAGCUGACCAUGCCCCAGAAGCCAGGUCAGCCUUUCCACAUCCGAGUGACACCAGAUCACCAAAACAACAUGGCAACUCUUGAAAUCAGAAGCCCGACUGCUGGGGACGUUUUCUCUAGUUCCGCUCCCCUCAGCCCCAAUCCAUCUCAACCCAAAUCCAGAAUCACCAUCAUUCCCACCGGCACUGCUCCGACCCAGCGGAGAAAGUCCCCCGCUGUGUCUCAGGGCCCCGAAAGGGCCAAGUCUCCAGUCACUAUCACAGCUAUAUCUAGAGCCAAGUCUCCAGAAACCAGCCGAACCUCCUCCACUAACUCAGGAAGACCCUUGUCCCCUGUCUCCAUCAUGACAGUGAGCACAGCUGUAGUGUGCGAAGCAUCUGCCUCCCCAGAACCUCAGGAGAUGACCAUGGGCCGAGCCGUGUUCAAGGUUACCCCCGAGAAGCAGAUGGUCCCAUCGCCUGUACGAAAGGGUCACGGCAACACGAGUAUCAUCACCACGACUGACGAUAGCAAGAUCCACAUUCAUCUAGGCAACAACAUCGCCCCAAAGAUGGUCGUCAGGCCGGUGGCUGCUGUCACAGAGAGCAAGGAAAUGACCUUAUCGACUGGGACAGUUUUGCGCUCGCCUCGUCAAAUCACCACCACUACUACCAGGAGCACGCAGAGCAAAGUGAUGAGCAGCAUUACAAUUUCUCCUGUUACGUCCUCCUCUUCCAGAACGACACAAGGCAUGACCGGGCACGAUGCCCAGCCACCGCGCUCAGGGCUGACCCGCAUCCCAAUGUCCAAGAGCCUGAAGACGGGAAAGGCUGCGCUGGGAUCCCUGGGGGUCUCCGGUGGAGUGAAACUGGAGUCGCGGGCUGAGAGUCAGUCUAUGAGGAUAGAAGUUAAGAAAUCCAGCGUGAAUAGCAGUACUUUACAGAAUGGAGGAAAAGCCUGAGCGACACAGUACCAAACGUAUCUACAUGGUGCUUCAGAGAGAUUCAUAGUAAAAGCUGUGGUGUUUGAGUACAACUCAACUAUAGUUUACAAGGCAUUUCUUUAUUAUUAUUAUUAAGCAGGAGACUGAUUUUAUACUUUUUAUAAGGUAUUUUCUACUUCUUUACUUCUUAUUUGCAUUUCUGCCAUUUAGACUGAAACAUCCAUGAUUUGUUUUGUUGUUUUUUACAGUGUGUUGUGAUGGGCAUUUGGGUAAGACUCUGCUGCUAUCAAUGGCUUCUUUCUUGGGGUGGAUAUUUAAUCUAUAAUGAGUUUAUUUGUUUUAUAUUAGACACAAAAAGUACACAAUUAUGUGAAAAUUUGGUGCAUUUCUAAAGGAUUUGUAUUGAAAAUAUUGUAAAUAAAAGUGAUAUUAG